AUUUGAAGUAUGUUUUAGCCAAUCUAGGGGGCCAAAAGUUAAGAAAUUUUCUUAGCCCGUCGGCCUCAACCAUGGUCGGGCCUCUUUUGACACUGAAUAAUUUAGCCCCUCCACUUUCAAAAUUGCUCCACCGUUAAAGGUAUGGGAUGUAAGCAAAAGUUUUAAGCCUUGAGAUGAGCAAAUGAGUGUCAUCUUGGCUUAUUAUUUUACUGCUAUAUUAUGUAUAAAUGCAUUGAUAAUGUUUGAAUACAUAUUUCUCAAACAGGUCUAAAAAUACUAAAGUUUCCGUUGAGUUUAAUCUUAAUUUCCAAGCUGGAAAACAGGCUAAAACAUUUUGACCGAAGCAUAAAAAGGCUAAAAAGAAGAAUAAAAUAAAUUGUCCAACAUUGUUUCAAACAACCUGUUAACCGUUAAGUCAACAUGACAACAGAUGUCAUACCACUUUUUUUUCAACUUCUUUGUUGAGGACAAUAGAAGAUUUAUUGAUUUUCUGUUUAGUCAGUGCAAAAGUACUAAAGUCCUGAAAUUUCAUUAUUCUUCUGUAUCAAUCCGAAUGUAAGAUAUAAAUUUAUUGUUGACAUUUAGUAACAUUCUAAUACAUUUUAUUUCCUAAGUACAUCCAGAAUGGGUGGUAUUGUGCCAAAGGGUGAAAAUAAUGAUGAAUUAAUUGACCAUCUGGUUGAAGCUAACUACAUUACCAAAAAGGAAGUUGAAGAAGUUUUCCGUGCAGUUGAUAGAGGAGAUUUCUUUCCUGGAGAGUUUGUUGAGGAUGCAUACAGAGAUCUAGCAAUGAAAGAAAAGAAUUUGCAUAUGUCAGCACCUUGUAUUUACUGUGAGGUAAUGGAUAACAUGGAAUUAAGAGAAGGUCUUUCAUUUUUAAAUAUUGGCAGUGGCACAGGUUAUUUAUCCACAUUGGUGGGCCUUCUUCUUGGAUUUCAUGGUGUAAAUCAUGGUAUUGAUAUUCAUGAAGAUGUGUUAAAAUAUUCUGCACUGAAAGUUGAAGAAUUCAUGAAAUAUAGCAAUGGGUUUGACAGCAUUACCUUUUGCAAACCAGAUUUUGUUUUGGGCAAUGUUGAAUGUAUAGAUCCAAGUUUUCGACAUUAUGAUAGAAUUUAUUGUGGGGCCAGGAUACCAACUGAUAAAUCUAGAGAAGAAAUCAAAAAACUUUUAAAGGAUGAUGGGAUUUUGAUAUAUCCUUUUGGUGAACAUCUUCUGAAGUACAAAAAAACGCCUCCUUCUACAUAUGAAGAAACAUCAUUGCUGCAUGUUCAAUUUUGUGAUCUUGUUGCAAAGCAACCUGAUGAUGUCAGUCAAAUCAGAAUAUAUUCACAACCGUAUUCUUUGAAAGCUUCAAGUCGGCAUGUGAUUUUGAAAUGUUUAUCGAAAGAACGACUACAUAUGGUGGAAGAACUUCCAAUACCACGGCGUGUGGUAGAUUAUUUAAAGUUCUUUAGGAAUCCAGAAUGUCCGAGACCGAAAAAAGAAGUGAAAGUCCGCACUUUAUCAGAAGAAGAUAUAAGCUUUCGAGUGGUUCUGCGAUAAUAUUCAAUUUGAUUUCUCCGAUUUCUUGAAUUUAUUUAUAAAAAUUAUUUUUCAUUUUUAUUGUAUAUUUAAUCAUUAUUUAUAAGUUUGGUCAAGAUAAGUUUGACAUUUUGUUUUUUAAAAGUAAAAAUGAAAUUAACUAUAUAAGAGUCAACAAGAGAAAGUAUGUUUCUCAAAUAUAUUUUAUCUAAAUUUUGUUAUACUCCAACUAUCUUGUUAUAAUCUCAGAUUUCUUGAUUUGAAAAGUCUUGAUUUAUAAUGAAUUAUAUUAAAAAGGAUAUACCUUAAUUCAUGAGAUUUUCACGCCUGAUUCUUCGUGCAUAUAACUUUUGCACUCCCAGGUUUAACAGAAAAUUAUUUUUGCACUAUCCUUACAGGUAAAAACGUUUGAUCUACACCUCCAUAAUAUACAUUCUGCAAAAUAAGAGAGUGUAUCAAAUAUUAACAUUUGUUUUUUCAUAAGCUGAUCGCUUUGGAUAGCUGACUGGCGCGUAAAAGCUUGAACAAUCUUAGAUUUUCGCCAACCUGCAACGGCACUGCGUGGAAUUUAGAAGUGCGCGAAAAUUUCGUGAAUAAAAGUAUAUUAAAAUCUAUUGUUUUUUUUUAACUGUUAAAACCCUCUAAUUCUAAGUGAUAUCGAUUAUCUUCUCUUCCUAUCGAUAAACAAACCCGCAAUAGCACGACAUGUAAAUAUUAAUUAUUCCUUUAUCUAUAUUAAAAAGUCUUUGAGACGGAAGAAAAAUUUUUUUUAGACAGACGGUAUUCGAGAGAUCUUUAGAAAAGUUUGUGUUAUUAGUGUAGUUCUUAUCUACAUGUAUUUAUUUACAAUUCUUCAAAAUUUAACAUACUUAUUGUGUAUAUAUUCAUAUUGAACUGCUUUAUAUUUUUGUACAGUAUAUUUAGAAGAUCUUAUUUUAUUUAUAGAUUGUGUUCUUUUUCAUGUUAACUUUUAUUUUAUUUUAUCAAUGUCUUCUGAAUUAACUUAGCUGUUGACUUUGCAUUUCUGAACUAAUACAACAUUUAAGUCUUCCUUACUCCAUGUUAACUCCACUGUUCAAGUAUAUUCUCUUUACUGUGUGGGAAAUCCGUUUGUGCGCUCCACCGCAGAACAUUUUACAUGCCAGGAUAUGUGAAUGUCUUUUCAAUCAUACGUCUAGUACUCCCAUGAUGUCCUCCACAUCGUCGUUGCUCGUCUGAAAAUCAGCGGACGUUCUAGUUGGUAUCACCCUUUUUCUGAUUCCCGUUACUGCAGUUUUUAUACUAUCCACUAACGCUGUUGUUGUAUUGCCUUCUGGCAUAAGACUGUUAAUAACAGGAUCAG